AUGGCUCGGCUGGCUUUGGCUUUCGUUUUCCUUUUCACUCUUCUCGGGGCCCAUCAGGCGGCGGCCAGGGCUUUGACCGGCGACGCUGGCCUUGCCGACCAGAAGAACUACGCCUCCUUUGGGGGAGUCGGAGGAUACUCCGGCGUCGGCAACGGCGGCAUUCCGUUCGGCGGCGUUGGCGCCGGUGUUGGCGGAGGCGGCGGAUUUGGUGGGGUGAAUGGUUUCGGCGGCAUCGGAGGUGGUGUUGGGACUCUGCCGGCCGGUGGUCUUGGUGGCGCCGGCGGCAUCGGGAAUCUCGGUGGCCUUGGCGGUGGCGGAGUUGGUGGCGGAGCUGGUGGUGCCGGAGCUCUGCCGUACCCUUGA